AACACAUCAAGUUGUUUUAUGAUUUCUACCCACAUCAGAUCAAUCUUAUUCCUCCUCGUCCUCCUCUUCAUCAGUAUCAAAUCCAACAUCAAUCGUGGGAAUCUCAGAAUCGUCACUGUCAUCCCCAUCCUGCACAGCCACCGGAGCCGUAGAUGGUCCUAGGACAAUAGUUUCAGUUGCAGUUGCAAAGCCUGAAGAGUUUUGGGCACCGCCAUGAAACAAAGAAGUGCUUGCUGUGGCUGCAGCAUCUCCUUCCAUCACCACGUCUUGCACGGAAAUUUUCUCUGAAGUUGUCUGGCUUGAGAUGUCGGCCAGGACUUCCUCUGGGCGCAGGCGUUUGGCUUCUCGUUCUCCCGCAACUUCCUGCACAUCAGCACUGGUGUCCGUGGUGUCAUCAAUGUCGACAAGAGUGCGCUUUCUGGUUGUAGUAUCCUCCACCCCCGCAACGACAUCAACCUCUUUUGAGCUGCCUGCAGUUUCCCCAGAUCCUUCAUGCGGGCUACUGUCAUGCUUUUCUGGAGUGUUGUCUGUUUGGGACAAGACAUCGCUCUCUUGGCCGUCGUCGCUUUCCUCGCUUCCCGAGUCCUGAUCUGUCGACUGUUGAGCGGCCGGUGUGUUCAGUUCAGUAGGUGCGCCCGUCGAUAUCACUGGCAUGCGAGGCCUGAGCAGCGCUUCGAUUGCGAGGUCAUUACCGGCAGACCUGGCUAGGAAUGGCAGCAGACUGGGACUACUUGCUUUGCCGCCUUUUGACAGCACCGGUCGCAUCACACUGGCAAACAUGGCUUGGCGGUGGUCGAGUAACACUGCCAAUCGGUCCAUUUCAACCCUCAAUUGACGCGUUAUCACGGGGACAGCACCAUGUUGGAGGAUUUUCGGUAGCAAAUUCCAAGCACUUGCAUAGAUGCAGGAGUCGCGACGCACUCUGGAAUCUGUGGCCCAUUGUCCCUGAUUAUUGUGUCCGGCUGGCGCAGUUUUAGGUUUCAAUGCUGCGUCCAUUGUAUCAGUUACUGCACUCUCGGCAUUGACAUCCGGAAUGCUUCGCUUCAAAUCAUGGCAACACUCGGUAACCAGGGCGGAAAAGCUUUCGCGAGACAAGCCCAAGUCUUUCGAAGAUGACCUUUCCAACAAAUCCCCGAAGAGAUCGUACACAGCCCGUCUAACUCCGCCGUGGUAAGGCAAAGCCUGCAGCAAGCCGGCUGCCUGGGCUGCAACAUCUCCAAAUGCAGACAGUAAAACCUGCCCAUAUGUGGUGCACAUUGUGUGUAAUAAAUCCAGGCAGGCCACGUGAAGUGACGGGAGAAUCAGUCGAAGCUCUUCCUUCUCCUCCUUGCUUGCAUCUCUGUGGUAUCUCAAGGAGUCGAAGUUCGGCGGGACUGUUACCGCCGUGAUGCGUCCAACCAGGUCCAUUAUUGCACCCACAGGCACAGCCACAGGUUGGGGCGUAGGUGUUGACAGGAAGGUGGCAAGCAAACUUAGCAAUGUCGACAGUCUCAAACAGCCUGAGUAGAGGCCAUUCCACGGUUGCAACCCUAUGGAAUCAUUUCCAUCGACACGGACCUCCACGGAAAAGUCUUGUUUGGCAACUGUCUUCUGCCGAGAAGAAUCAUUUGAUUCAUAUUCUUCAACCACUGCCCUAAACAGAACAUCUGCCGUUUCUUGAGCGCUGUUGAUGAUGUCCAUGGCCAUUCGAGACCAUUCCUGGCUAAAUGAAUUCUUCGGAGCACAUGACGAUAAUAGGCAUAGGAGUCUUGCUGCCGCAUUCCUAGACGAAGCCAACGACACCUCAUCUCCUAAUAAAGUAUAACAGACAGAUCGGAUACGCCCGGCCUCCGGACGGAACAGGGUUGCGUGCUGAGGCAGUAACUGAGCCCAGCAGCUCAGAACACAAUCGAGGAGAGGGCUUGAGACCUGACUAGGACGAACAUCGUUAUGAGUCCCCACAGGCUUGAUCAAGCCGAGGCAGGUUUUAAUAAAUUGCGGGAGCAGCGGUGUUGUAAUCUCUCGCAACAAUUGUGGUUGGUUUUGCGUGAGAACGAAGAUGCGUGUGAGCGUCAUGAGAUAGACCACCUUCACUGAAGCAGGGUCUGCUUUAUUCAGACAGCCAAGCAGACCUCUGGCCCAGCUCUCAGAACCGAGCAGCACGAUCUGGCCGCCAUUUUCAACGACAGCCUUGACAAGAACCGCCGCACUGAGUCGACCGGAUACAGACCUGUCCUGUAACAGAGAGCUGAUUCGGGUUUUUAGCUUAUGGGUAACAACAGACGACUUGUUCGCUUUGGACUCGGAGAAAUGUGACUCGAGAGAACAGUUGGCAAGCUGAUUCGCGAGAAUGCCGCAUAUUCGAGGCAGAUCUUCGACCGGUGUCACGGUCAGGCGGUUAGUUAUGGCUCGUAACGAGCUGUCGGCCUGCAUUGUGGAAAAAGUCAUUCGACUAGAUGGGAACCGGUAAUAUCGACCCCUCCCAGUCGCGCAAGCCAGCGGAUAGUCCAGCAAGGUCGUUGUGUGUCAAUUUCAACAUCGACGUACACGCAUUCCAUUGUUUCGCAUAUUUUUUUGUAUCCGGCGGUUGGCUGCCGAAGUUCAACCGACGAGCGCAUCACUGCAGGGAGUCGCAGGCAGAGCCCAAAAUAAAUAAGCAUCGUCCGACAAAAGGUACACACGCGAAAGCCGCGAGAAAUCUGAUUAUAGUCCCCGUCAGACAACAACCAUCAUUUCAUUCCCGACGUCGCAAUCACACAUGGUGUCGAGGACCCGGAGUCAUUGCAAUCGACUGAACAACGGGCAUGAUUCGUGCCUGGUGAUCCUCCACUAAGACCCUGCAGCUAUGUCUUCGCCUUGACGACCUCGACACAAGGUGGCUAGUCGUGUAGAAGAAUCUCAUAUGCGACGUCGCGAUGAGUGUGCUUCAUACACAUCAUGACAAGGCGCAACGCUACAUCGGCCUUCUUGAAGCAGCUCGCGUGGCUGGCAACUGGCAAGAUCUUCCAGAACUUUUAAGGAAGGUUAGGAAACACGCUCCGGACCGGAAAUGCUUGAUUGAGGUUGCCACCUUUGAGCUCGCGGUCGCCAAACAUGCCACCGCGGCUCCUCAGAGAGCCGGGACCGGCAACACCAGCCAAACACUGCCUGAAUCCCUAGUAUCCGAUCUCGAAACGAAACUACGUGCGGAUGGACAGCCAUUCGAAGAGGUCGUCCAGGGACAGACUUCCCUAUUGUGGGCUCGCUGGCUCGGCCUACUGCCAGCAGAUCGAUCUAUACCUCUCCAGAGUUUCGAACCUGCUCGCACCGCCGCCAAUGCUGCCUCGGUCUGGACAAAGAUUUGUGUGGUCAAAAGUGUAUACAUUGGGGGCAUGCUGUUGGAUCAGGCUGGUGACGAGGAAAAAGGCAAGGAACUGCGCAAUAGGAUCCUCCCCUGGCUUGAUUCCAACCGCGAUCUCGUUCUGUCAACUCCUCAAUUACUAUAUUGGGCGAAGCAGCUCCUUGCUCGCAUAGCACUUGGCCGAAGUCGACAUGAGGGAUCUGCUGCCGCCGAUUCAUCGCUCGACAGCAAAGAGUCUUUCAGGUUCAGAUUACAGGCGUACCGUCACUGGGCCUUGCUAGCCGCGAAAAGCCGAGACACUUCCCCCUCAACUUACGGAAACGGGCCAGGGCAUGUAUCAAAACUUACAGUCUGGCGUUCUUACUAUCGAUUUCUCUCCGGUGUUCUGCGGCGGGGCUCAGAGAGUAUGAGGAACAUGUCUAUUACUCGCUCUGAACUUGCGACAGAAUUGCGGCGCGUGGAGACUUCUUGCGAGGACGAACUGCUGCAUCAGACACGGUUCCCCAAGGCUAACGAGUCGAACACUGUCAUUGAAGAGUGGGUGGAAGAAGUGAUACAGAACUGGUACGCACUUUGCGCGCCAGGUUGGACAGAAUCGGAUCUGGGUGACGGCGGUCGCAACUCUGUCGGUAGAAACGUGCUCGAUAUGCUGUAUCGAGCCGCGACCAAGACGUUUCAUUCCACCCUCAUCUUACGACGGUUGUUCCAGGUACACAAAGCUUUGACGGAAUUUGACCUUGCUUACAAGGCUUUGGACUCGUACAUUGAGCUUAUGGAGCGGGCGCGGGCACGAGAAGCCAAAUCCAAUGAACCUGCCGCUGGGCGAGACGGUGAUGAGGUCUUCCUCCGCACUCUCGCUGAGGCAAUUGAAGGACUUUGUGCCUUUGGCAAGCGAGUGGAAUCCGAGAGAGCGUACAGCCUAUGCUUGAAGAUCGAGGGUCUCUUGGCUGAGCUUGAAGCCUCAACGCCCUCCACUACCCCCAACGGUUUCGGGCUGACAAAUGGAGAGUUACAACCAAGUGGUCCAGAACAUAUCUCCUUUUCCGCCGACCUAACGGACGUGGUCUACCGAGCCAUCGGGAUAGCGAAAUCGCAUUGGGCUCGAUGGACUCCCUUUAGUGAAAACCGAUCUAGCCUGCAGUCGGAGGCAGUCGAAUCUCUCCAAAAGGCUGUCGCACAAGAGUUGCCUGUUGAGCAGCACUUAAAGUCUCUAUACGCACUAACUCGGUUGCUGGCCGAAAUGCGGGACAUUGACGAGGCCAUUUUAGUCGCCAAAAAGGCGUUGAUGUCGGAAUGGGCAGACGAGCCAUCAGCCGACGCUUUCCAAAUCCCACGCCAGUUGAUCCCAUUCUGGCACUUGUUGGCCCUGCUGCUUACCUCUAGGCAGGACUUUGAGACUGCUAGUCAGAGUUCUGUCGCUGCCCUUGCGCAAUUCUCGCCUCCCGAGGUCAUGUUCGGCGCUCUCACUGGCAAUGGAGGGGAGAAACAGCCGAGUAGGACUGGCUUGGUGGACGACAUGGAAUGUGACGAGCUGCAAAAGAUUCUCGAAAUUCGGAUCACCGAACUUGCUCUGACUGAGCUGAUGGAAGGGCCAGAACAUGCGGUGAACCGCAGCAAUGAGUUGUUGGCUCUAUAUUCUCGGCUCUUUGGCCGGUUUGGCCCUCUUGCUGGAUUCGAGGAAAGAUCGAGAACAAGGGAUGUGGAGCCGCCCAAAAGCUCUGCGGGUACGGUCAAGAGCCUCCGCGGCAGUCUUUUCUCGCGGCGAAGGGUGAGACGUGGUUCCAUAAAAGGGACAGGCCUGCCCGAAGCAGUUCCGCCCAUGGAAGAGAAGACUCGACCCGACACUCGACCCGACACUCGACCAUCACAAACACCAGCGAUUCAAAUCACCAACGACGAUGAGAAAGCGUUGUCGCAUAAGCAUAAGAUACCAGUACCCCGGUUUUCGCUUGAGCGCGGCCGAGAUGAGAAGGCAAGACGGCGAUUAUCACGAUCACAGAGUCGAGGCAGGAAAGACGGCAGUCAUAGGGACAGCACCAGACAAUCACUUGAGGCUAUUGAUGGCCCACCCAACGCCUCUACAACAGCCACUACCGGACAGGCGGGGGUGGAGACUAUCUCACCCCGGGAAGUUCCCGCGGUGCCAGUGUCCGCGGGCCAUGACAACAGUGCAGGACCAAGACAGCCGUUGAAGGCUAUUCCGCACAAUCUUGCUGCGCAUGACCAGGUGCCGCAACCUGCUCGUCACGAGAGUCAACCGCCCCAGCAGGAUGUCCGACUGCCCCUUGUGGGAUCCCGCACAACGAGGACAGAUCCGAUCCCUCGGUUUCCCACAGCGGCGUCACAGAGAUAUGCGCUUAGUGUGUUGGUCAAGAUCUGGUUGGUAAUUGCCACGUUGUAUCGGCGGGCCAAGAUAUUCGAUGACUCCCGUGAGGCCUGCGACGAAGCGGCCAAGAUUGCAACGAAGAUUGAGGGGAUGGUUGCUAGCGUGGAGAGCACGGCACGAGCGUUUCGUGACCCCGGCUGGGGAGGGAGUGGCAAGAGCUCGGACGAGAUUUGGGCCGACGUGUACUGUGAGCGAGCGGAGCUAUCUAUGGCCAUCGCACGUGCACGGGAGGAGAAAGAAGGUAACGGGUACAGUGAGGGGUUGCGAGAAGCGGUGGAUCAGUACGAACAAUGCUUGAUGUACUUUGCCGAUCACCCUGGAGGCAUUGUGGGCCUGAGCAACGUGCUGUUGGACUACUACGAGCGCAAAGUGGAGCUGGCGCAGAGCGUGGACGGCGGCAAGACUCAAGCAGAUGAAGGACCGGAAGAGAGAAGCCGACGACAUAGGCGAGAGCUGAGCCGGAUCGCUGAAGGCGUGGCGGUCAACGGCAUGAGUGACGCUGAUGGUGGCCCGCCUGGACCGGCCUCGAACAACACCACCACCACCACGGCGGCAACAUCGCCAGGUCCAGCAGCGACACAAUUGAGCGGGAUGAAAGACGAAGAACUUAAGAAGACGCCGGAGAACCUCAACCGCCUUGCAGCCCGUGAUCGCGCAUAUGGGUUGUUAUCAACGUUGACUAAACUAGGGUCUGGCUGGGACAACUCCGAGGCUUGGUUCGCGUUGGCCCGGGCACAUGAGCUGGGAGGCGAAAUUGACCGGGCCAAGGAGAUUCUCUGGUGGUGCGUCGAGCUGGAAGAUACGCGGCCGAUUCGGCAUUGGGCAAAUGUCGGAUGUCGCGGCUAUGUGCUGUGAGCGGUGAAGGAAGGAGGUGUUGAUUCAUCGAGCCUUUCAGUAUAGUACGUUACUUUAGACGACGAUGCAGGGGCACAACGGAGCGCUCAUCGGCGAGAACCACUGUCUCAUAGCUUUUCCGACUCUUCAAGAGGCCGAGUCAUGUACCCUCGUGUCAAAGGAGUUAGGUUGUUCCAGUCUCCAACAUUGUAGUUGUGAAAUGGCGAGCCUUGAGCUUGACAAUUCGACCUCGCAAGACUGAGAAAACAGAGUCACGUGCAGACUGGCGAUCCGGCGUGCGGG